CAGAGUGGGAAAAAAGCAACCGUUUGGUUGCUUUCUAACUUCAUUGCGUAGAACUACAAGCUGAUAAGAACUAACUUCAUGAUAAAUCAAGAUAAAUCUUAACAAGAAAUUUAUACUUUUAAGAUAUAGUUAUUACUUAAAUUUACGGUUAAAACAUUGAUUUUAUACAUAAUGUAACAGAGAGGAAAAGCGCGUUAAACAAAAUUGUAUAAUUUCCACAGAAACUGCGUUAAAAUCAUAAAUAAAAUGAACAACAAUUAUGCAUUUGUAACAUGGGGUUUUGUAAUGCAUUUAAUAAUGCUAUGGGGUGUGCUUGAUGUGAAUUUUCAUUCACCUAUUAUACAAGAUUUACCAAGUGUAGAAAUUUUAAAAAAUGCACCUGCAAAGAGAUUAGUUUUAUUUGUCGCUGAUGGUUUAAGGUUUAGAACUUUCAUUGAAGCUCCGCCAAAAUAUCUGAAAAAUGUGAUGUUAAGUAAAGGUGUAUGGGGAAUAUCUCAUACACGUAUGCCCACAGAAUCUAGACCAGGUAAUAUUGCAAUUUGCGCUGGAUUAUAUGAGGAUCCUAGUGCUAUUUUCAAAGGGUGGAAAGAAAAUCCUGUUGAUUUUGAUUCUGUCUUUAAUCAAAGCCAUCUUUCAUGGGCAUGGGGAAGUCCAGACAUCAUAUCUAUUUUCACAAAAGGUGCAAAGAAAAAUAUACAAGGCAGCAGUUAUCCACCUGAGUGGCAAGAUUUUGACAUAAUGGAAGGUCAAAUUUGGCGUUUAGAUUCUUGGGUAUUUGACAAAUAUCUCACCUGGCUUCGGGAAGAAGCUUACAAAGUAAAACAUUCGGAUCGUAUUAUUUUUUUCCUUCAUCUUCUCGGUUGUGAUACUAUAGGUCACACAGCAAAACCUCAUUCUCGAGAAUACACUGAUAACAUGAACUAUGUUGAUCGAAAAAUUGAAGAAGUUGUUCAAAUGACAGAGUCUGUUUUCAAAGAUAAUGCUACAGCAUACAUUUUCACAGCUGAUCAUGGAAUGACUGAUUGGGGAUCGCAUGGAAGCGGUUCCACGGAUGAAACAGAAACUCCAUUAAUUGUUUGGGGUGCUGGAAUUAAUAAUUUUAAUUCCAGUCAAGAUAUAGAACAAAUAGAUAUUACACCACUGAUGUCUACUUUAAUUGGUGCUCCUAUUCCUACUAAUAAUGAAGGUGUUCUGCCAUGGCAAUAUUUAAAUACCAAUAACCUUGAAUAUAUAAAUGAGGCUUUAUUAAAUAAUUUAAAACAGUUAACACAUCAAGUAAAAGCAAAUCGUGAAAUGAAUUGCGAAAAUAACAAGUUUUCAGACUGGAGAGUGAAUCAAUUGUACAAUAAAAUUUCUACUUUAGACAAACACCAUCAAAUGAAAGAUUCGAAGGAAAGGUUUAAAGAAACAGUUGAUGCUAUUAAACUAGCUAAAGAUUCUUUGCUAUAUUUCCGCCAAUAUCAAAGAUCAUGGUUAUUAAUAUAUUUGUCUACAAUGUGGUUAGGGUGGAUAGUAUUGUUAUUUUUUAAAAUAGCCGGAACUGAACGAUCUAUCAUCAACCGCUUUGCUUUAUUAAUCACAGACAUUUCAUUUAUUUGCAUUCUGAUUAUUGUAUUCGUUACCUACAAAGUUUCAGAUUGUAAGAAUUGGAGAUUACCCUGCUAUGUGACCAUGGCUAUAAUAUCCGUUUGGUUAGUUGUUAGAACUGUAAUUCUAAAUUCAGUGAACUGGAGAAUUCGAAAUGGUAAUCUACCAUGGACAGAGAUCGCAGGAAUAAUGUUAUUAUUGACAAUAAUGUUUAUGGGAUUAAUAUGUAGAUCCGCCCUAAGCAUAGGGAUGUUAUGCACUGCAAUUAUCCUGAAAAUAAUGUUAAAGGAUGUUCAAUAUUUGAUUUGGACAGUAUUGCCUCUAGCAGUUUUUCCAUUAUUACCUGUUGUAGAACCGUACCCUCGUGUUUACAUCGUAAUUUUAAGUAUAUGCAUAAUGACUGUAAUGGUAAUUUUAAAAAUUCAAUCGAGGACUAAAAGGGUAAUAGAAAUUUUUCGUCUAAUAAUCACAGGAUUGACGUACUUAGAAUUUAUAGAUGGUCGAAGUUGGAUAUCAUGGGCAAUUUUACUCACGACACCUUUACAUAUUUGCACUUAUUCUACAGAAUUAAAAGCGAGAAUGCAUGGAAUAAUAUCGAGCCUUUUUUGUCCACUCGCUUUAUUAUCAGCAUCUUAUGAACCCAUGUUUUUUAUAUUUCUUGCAGUACAUUUAUCUUAUUGGCCUCAAAAUAAUGUAUUCUCUAGUCAAACUUAUGAAAAAAGUAAAACAUCUAUAAAAAUGGAAGAAUCGCUAAAAGCAGCGAUCUUUAUGUUAUACACAUUACUGUGUUUCUUCGGAACUGGCAAUAUGGCAAGUAUCAGCUCUUUCAAUCCAACUUGGACUCGUCACUUUGUAACAGUAUUUUCGCCAUUUAUAAUGUUCUCAUUAAUACUUUUAAAAAUGUGUAUACCUUUAAUAUUAGUUGGAUGCACAAGUCAUAUAAUGGGAUCAUCAAAUCUUUUCUUAGCGGUACUUCUGUUAGGAGAUUGUUUAUCAUUACCACUUGUAUAUAGCGUUACUUCUCAGGGAAGUUGGUUGGAUAUUGGCAGUGCUAUUAGUAGAUUCAUAAUCGCGAUAUCUCUUCCUUGUCUUUUAUUGUUGUUGUAUUAUUUAUCGUACCCACUUAUGACAUUUUCUUUAUAUAAAUUUAAAGUCUCUAUACUUUCAGAGAAAAAGCAUAUUGUAUAAGAAAAUUGUGAUGUGUUCCAACAGUUCUGUUUUAAUAAAGCGACCGAGUAACACUUUGUAUCAUUUUCGUACAU